AAUUAAGAAUAAGUUAGAUGAAUAUUGGCCAAUUAUGCAAGAAACUACUAAGAUUGCCACAUUUUUUGAUCCAUAUUUUAAAAGAAUAGUUUAUUAUGAACAAUCAGUAGAUGAAAUAUUAACUCUAAUUCAUAUAAAUCUUUUAGCAAACUCUACUACUAUAACUCAACCUUCUUUAACAUCAAAGCAUUAUCAAUUUAUUCAAAAAUAUACUAAUACAUAUAUGCCAAUUAUAGCUAAUCAAUUAAUAUUUUCAAAUCUAGCAUCUAUGACUAAAGAUUAUUUGUCUAUUAUGGCAACAAGUGUUUUAUGUAAACAACUAUUUAGUUUAGCAG